AUGGCGCCGACCACGCACGACGCGGUGGAAGAGGCGUCGGGAUCUAGGUCGAGGGCAGAGCGGCGGCGGCAAAAGCAGCGGCGGCGGCACCGCCACGAGCCCGCGGUGACCGAUCACCUGUCGGGGGCCAUCCAACCGGAAGCUGAGCCGUCAUCGCAGCAAGGCAAGAGGAAAGCCGCCCUUGAGCAGUCCGAAGGCGAGGGGCGGAAGAAGAAGCGUAAGAGAACCCAGAAGAGCCACAGAAAGAAAGCCGCUGCCUCAGCGUCAACAGGCGCGCAUGCCUCUGACUCUGAGGCCUCCUCUACGGUCAGCCCUCCUCUGCGUUUUCCUCGUAUGCCCAAUCCCGAUGACUUCGGUGGACGGGAUGCACCUGGCUAUCAUGCUGCGAAUGAUGUCUAUUUUGACUUGGUGGGGAAGUACCAUGAGAAAAUGAAGCGCCAAUGUGAGCUUGUCACACUUGAUACUUCUAUUCCUUUCUCGUCGUUGGUAACAGAAGGUCAAUUGAGGAGUGUUCGUGAAUCCGCAACAAAAGCGGUUCUCCAAGUAGCUAAAGUUAUUCUUAGUCUCUCAUCCUAUAUCGAUGGUAAACUGAUGGCACGUUCAUCUGGUUUUCUUAUUGGUUGGGAUGAGAAGAGUAGAGAAGGCACUGUUUUAACAUCAGCACAUAUAAUCUGCUCAAAAUAUACGAGCCAGUGGUCAGGUACAGAUGAGUAUUCACCUAAUGCUAAGGUUGUUGCUCAUUUGUUAGAUGAAGAUGAGACUACUGUGCCUGCACAAUUGCUUCAUUAUGACAAGCACAUCAAUAUGGCUCUGUUUACAGUUUGUAUAGAGUCAUGUGCUAAAAUUCCUGAAUUCAAUAGUGAUGUGAAAUAUGGUCAGGAAACAUUUGUGAUGGGUAGAGAUGAAAAUCUAAAUUUGACUGUUGAUUAUGAGUUUGUUGGAUUUCAUGGCCCAAAUCUACAUGAACGUCCUCACUAUAUGUUCACUGGUGGUGCAAUUAGAAAGUCUAGCAUUGGAGGGCCAGUAAUUGACUUCAGUGGGGAAGUUUUGGGGAUGGCUAACUUUCCAGGAUCAGCUUUUAUUCCUUCCUCUAUUAUAUCGAGGUGCUUGGCUAUGUGGAAGAAAUAUCAUUUGUAUAGAGUCAUGCUAAAAAUUCCUGAAUUCAAUAGUGAUGUGAAAUAUGGUCAGGAAACAUUUGUGAUGGGUAGAGAUGAAAAUCUAAAUUUGACUGUUGAUUAUGAGUUUGUUGGAUUUCAUGGCCCAAAUCUACAUGAACGUCCUCACUAUAUGUUCACUGGUGGUGCAAUUAGAAAAAAGUAUAAAUGA